GUCACGAUUUCGUUAAGAGUAGUAGGUCACAACUUCCUUAAGAUUAGAAUGUCACUACUUCUGUGACCGUAUAGAGGAUGUCACACCGUCUGUGACAGCAUAGAUGAUGUCGAAACUUCUGUGACAGUAUAGAGUAUAUCACAGCGUCAGUUAGCGUCGUCUUGGGGCCCUACUAGUCGAAGCAGGGACCCAUGCCGCCACAGUUGAGGGAACACCUCGUCUUUGAGACCUGUCACCAGAUUUGACCCCUAUUGACGUCCGAAGGAGAUUUGAAGGUUCCUUAUUUGCAGGUAAGUUACCAAGUGCACCUCGACCCAACACCCUCUUUUGGCUUGUCGUGAAUAUUUAAUGAGAUAUCGAUCUGGUUGAUUAUUAUUGGUUAUGGACCGUGUACAUGUUCAGUAAGGGAACAGUGGAGCAAUGUUAGUGUGGGCAUAGAGUUGAGCUUUAAACACCAAGGCUCCGGGGAAAGAAAUAGAAAGGUAUAGCACUUUCAUUCUCAAACAGGUUUGUACUCCCAAACGAUGUUUGGUAACCUACUCACCAAUCGCGUUUGUGUGAAAGUGUACUUAUUAAUAUCGUAUAUUUUUAUGCUCGGCGAGCAGUCGUAUUUGUUAUUUGGGUUUGGUGCAGAUUUGUAAAAUCAGUCACUAAAUAGAAUGAUAAGAACUCUGGUUGUAAUAACGUCUCUUCAAGUUUGUGUUCUGACACAGUUUCAAUAAGUUAUUUUUAAUUCUGCGGUCAGACUAGGCGAAUUUUCUAUUUAACUUCCACUGAAUUAAUUUAAUAUGCAUAGGGUUUUUUUGGGAGAGAUACGCUUUAGAUAGACAAUAUAAAGUAGUUUACACCAAUGGUUUUAAUGUGUGUCCAAGACUUUGACAAUAUAAAGUAGUUUAUACCAAUGGUUUUAAUGUGUGUCCAAGACUGUGACAAUAUAAAGUAGUUUAUACCAAUGGUUUAAAUGUGUGUCCAAGACUGUGACAAUAUAAAGUAGUUUAUACCAAUGGUUUAAAUGUGUGUCCAAGACUGUGACAAUAUAAAGUAGUUUAUACCAAUGGUUUUAAUGUGUGUCCAAGACUGUGACAAUAUAAAGUAGUUUAUACCAAUGGUUUUAAUGUGUGUCCAAGACUGUGACAAUAUAAAGUAGUUUAUACCAAUGGUUUAAAUGUGUGUCCAAGACUGUGACAAUAUAAAGUAGUUUAUACCAAUGGUUUAAAUGUGUGUCCAAGACUGUGACAAUAUAAAGUAGUUUAUACCAAUGGUUUUAAUGUGUGUCCAAGACUGUGACAAUAUAAAGUAGUUUAUACCAAUGGUUUUAAUGUGUGUCCAAGACUGUGACAAUAUAAAGUAGUUUAUACCAAUGGUUUUAAUGUGUGUCCAAGACUUUGACAAUAUAAAGUAGUUUAUACCAAUGGUUUUAAUGUGUGUCCAAGACUGUGACAAUAUAAAGUAGUUUAGACCAAUGGUUUUAAUGUGUCCCAGACUGUGACAAUAUAAAGUAGUUUAUACCAAUGGUUUUAAUGUGUGCCCAAGACUGUAACAUUAUAAAGUAGUUUAUACCAAUGGUUUUAAUGUGUGUCCCAGACCGUGACAAUAUAAAGUAGUUUAGACCAAUGGUUUUAAUGUGUCCCGGACUGUGACAAUAUAAAGUAGUUUAGACCAAUGGUUUUAAUGUGUUCCCGACUGUGACAUUAUAAAGUAGUUUAGACCAAUGGUUUUAAUGUGUGUCCCAGACUGUGACAAUAUAAGGUAGUCUGGACCAAUGGUUUUAUUGUGUCCCAGACUGUGACAAUAUAAAGUAGUCUGGACCAAUGGUUUUAAUGUGUGUCCCAAACUGUUACAAUAUAUUUAAUAAAAGUAGUCUAGGCCAAUGGUUUUAAUGUGCCCCAAACUAUGACCAUACAAAAUAGUCUAGACCAGCGGCUCUCAAUCUGAGGGUCGCGCCCUCUUUGGGGGUCGAACGACCCUUACACAUGGAUCGACUAAGACCAUCGGAACACACAAACUUAUGAAGUAGCAACGAACAUAAUUUUAUGAUUGGGGGUCACCACAACAUGAGGAGCUGUAUUAAAGGGUCGCGGCAUGAAGAAGGUUGAGAACCACUGGUCCAGACCAUGGUUUUAAUUUGUGUCCCAAACUCGUGAAAAUCUAAAAUACUCUAGACCAUGGUUUUAAUUUGUGUCCCAAACUCGUGAAAAUCUAAAAUACUCUAGACCAUUGUUUCACUAUGCGACUCAAACUCGUGAAAAUCUAAAAUACUCUAGACCAUUGUUUCACUAUGCGACCCAAACUCGUGAAAAUCUAAAAUACUCUAGACCAUUGUUUCACUAUGCGACCCAAACUCGUGAAAAUCUAAAAUACUCUAGACCAUUGUUUUCACCUGGUUUCCCAAACCUUUUGGUCUAGGACCCCCUGAGAUCAUACAAAGAAUUUAUGUCUGCCCCUUAGUCCAAAUCUUUUAUUUAAAAAAAAAAAAUUUUUUUUAAAAGAUUAAAAAAUGUAUUGCCAGUUAGGCCAAGAGAUAAACCGUAGCAUAAAGACGUAUGAAUGAAAUACUGAUCAGUAUCGCAAUACAAACAAUAAUUUGGUGAGUUUUACAAAAGGCUGUCUGGUCUAAAAUUGUCUCUCCUUUAAAAAAUAAAAUAAAAUAAAUGUAGAUAGAUUUUCUAUCUCAGAUGCUCAGUUAUAUCCCCUCCCAACUGCCCCGCGUGUGGCAACCCUGACUGUCAGCCACACAGAACAACGGGCUGUGGAAUCCUUUGCAAGCAAAUUUCAAUGUAUUUUAUUUUGUCACUUUAUGAAAGACGUAUACUUCAUAAAUCCACAAGCCUGCUUUAAAUUUAACCCUAUCCCCAGUGGCGUAGUAAGGAGGGUGCGGAUGGGGUGGUCCACCACGGGUGCCACCUAUUUUCCUUAUAUAUAAAGGGUUAGCAUUUUCAGCCUACUGCAGAGUUAUAUUGUGGAAGGGUUUGGAUAAAAAAAUGUUUUGCCCACCCCGGGUGGCACUAACCUUAGCUACGCCAUUGCACAUCUUUCUCUAUAAUUGAUUUAACAACACCAACAAAAAACUAAGCAUGAUGAUAUAACUAACUUUAACCCUUUCCUACUUAUUGAUAUCUUAACCCCAUCCUUCUCAUUGGCGUACAACAGUUACCAAUAUGACGACUGUAGGAGUGUCCACUUACGUCACGCACCGAGCCGAUGCUCCGAAGAUCCCCGACUAUGCCUACAAGUACAACAGCUUCCGUCGUGUGCAACUUGCUGCCGUCAAGCAGGGAAUCUUCCACCCAAACCCACCCCGAUUUCGUCGAAUGGAAAUGGACAACGCCAUGCGUAAGAUGAGUGAUGAGCACUGUCGGACCACGACGACCUGUGGACCCAGUGAGUUUGGGAUUGAGAUUCUCUGAUUAAUAUUUUAACUAGACAUUCACUCAGUCUUUAACGUGACAUUUUCUGAGCUUUCAACGUGAUCUUCUCAGACCUUUUAGCGUGACAAGAUAAGGAGUAGGCCUAUUUGAUUUGCCUUUAGGUUUGACAUCAACUAAAACCCUGACAUCGGAAGAUGUCCCUUUAACCCAUUCCGUCUACUUUAACUAUUAACAGAAGAUGUGCAUUUAACCCAUUCCCUCCUCUCUUUCUAUUAACAGAAUAUUUCACUUUAACCCAUGUAAAUCCAUUCCUUUCAUUUUUUCCCUAUAAACAGAAGAUUUUGCCAACGCCACGUCAUCACUUUUCAAACCACCGACUCCAAGACUGCCCACACUGGUAAGCUAGUUAACUUAUGUUCGUGAUCAUGGUAGCCCAAUAAAUGUUCUUGAAUAAAUUUUAUCAAAAUUUAGCUCUUAAAAAUUAUUUACAAAUAUAUAUUUUUCAAUAAAGUAAAAUUAAAUUUCAAAUAUAAUAUAUUUUUUAAUGGUUGGGUUAUUGUUUAGACUAUAACAGAAACAGGCAGGCAACUCCAUCAACUGUACAGUACUCCACAAGAUCUAGAGUGAGUUAUUCUGCUUAUUGUGAUGUUAUAUCCUACCGCUUAGGCCUAGUGUUAUAUGAUCUAAUCAUCUAUUGGUUUGAUAAGGCGGCCUGUGCGAGAGGUCUCAGUGCUUCUAUCUGCGUUAAUAUUAUAUGAUUUUUUUUUUUAUCUAUGGCUACCCCAUGCUGUAUUUCGGUAAGCAUAAAUCUUCCUAUUUUGUUGUAGCUAGUGACACCCCACACAUUUUAAGGCCCCUGUUGCCGGAUUAAGACCUGCGGAAGACCCACAGACAAUCGAAAUUUUGUCAUCACUCAGUUACUUAACUAGGGGAGGUGAAGGGAUUUAAUAUAUAUAUAUUUAUAUGGGCUUAACAUUACACAAAUCGAUGCGUAGUCCGAGGUCACAAAUUUGGGAGUUCACCCUGGGAAGAGUUUUAAGUAGUCCUGAUAUCUUUUUAGAUGCCCAUCACCACUAAACAUUAGCAUUACGUCUUACACUUUCGGUCAAAUAUUAGUCUCCCAUGUUGUGCCUUUGAGGCUAAUUAUGCGUUGAACAACAAAUUGUGUGGGUGGCAGCCAGUUGUCUUAAACAAAAGUGUUUGAAAUGUGCGAACUUAUUGACCAGUUUUAAUUCAGGUACGGUACGGUAGAUCUAACAGUGAUUUCAAUGACUCUGAUUUCACUGUGUCUUACCUAACGGUGAUUUCUCUACUUGGGAAUUCAAUGACUAUGAUUUGUGAGAGCCAAAAUGUUCUGCAGUUUUAAAGAAAACAUUACCAACAAUACUGUAGUAAAAGUGGGACUGUCUGCUGUUCAGGCUGUCGAGGACUGCUGUCUUGCUGUGAAAAAAUGGAUGUCAUCAAACAGACUAAAAUUAAAUGACGAUGAGACUGAGGCAAUUAUUUGUAGUUCAGACGCCGAUCUUCGGAAGGUUACCAUCGCAUCAAUAAAAGUUGGUGAAUCAGAGAUCCUGUUGUCCUCCACUGUCAGAGACCUUGGCUUAUAUAUUGACAGUAAGAUUAGAAUGAUUCCCCAUAUCAGUUCUGUGGUCAGGGCAUGCUUCUGUCAUCUGCGUGCUAUGGGUCAGCUGCGUCCUCAACUCAAUAAGAGAACAGCCAAUGCUGUAGCGGUAACUCUAAGCCAGUCAAGAUUAGAUUAUUGUAACAGUUGAUGGGGUUUACCUCAGAAGCGAAUUCAGGGACUCCAGAAGAUACAAAAUACUGCAGCACACGUUGUAUCGCGGAUGAAGAAAUCUGACCACAUCACCCCAGUUCUACGAGAUCUACAUUGGGUUCCUGUGAGUGAGAGCAUUAAUUACAAAAUUCUGUCCCCGACGUACAGCUGCAUAGAAGGCUCUGCACCGGAAUAUCUUAAAGAACAGAUUUAUAAACAUGUAUCCUUAAAGAACCUGCGGUCUUCAACACAGUCCAUACUGAAAAUUCCCAGUGUGGAUGAACACAGAAAAAAAGUCUUACGGAGUGCCGUCUUUUGAAGCGAUAGCGCCCAAAUUAUGGAACAGUUUGCUUCAAUCUUUGAGGGGGAAUUGAUAAUGAUAAAAAAUCAUUUAAGAAACAUUUUAAAAGUUUUAUGUUUAAAUAGAUUUAAGUAAACCAGAGCGCAGUGAGCAUGCUAAAGUAGCAUGGGUACCAGUGCUAUAUAAAUAUCCAAUCAAUCAAAACUCCUGGGCAAAUGUAUCCUGUAAUGCUUAGAUUGCUACCUGGAGCUUACUUUAAUAAUUGAUUAUAACAGUUUGGGAACUUAUUUUAACCAUUUGGACUUUUGUAGUUAACAUUUGGACUUUUGAAGUCAACUUAUUAUAAAAAUUUGGACUUUUAUUUUGAAGUUAACUUAUUAUAACAAUUUGGACUUUUGAAGUUAACAAUUUGGCUUAUGAUGUUAACUUAUAAUAAUUUGGACUUAAGACGUUAACUUAUUUUAACAAAUGGACUUGUGAAGUUAACUUAUUUCAACAAUUUGGACUUGGACUUAUGAAAAUUUGUGUAUCUCAAAAUAGAAGGUCAAAGCUUAUUUGGUCAGGAAGUCUCAACAACAGCCCGGCAAAGGUGGAGAACCAACAUGCUGACUUUCGGUCGACAAGAGGUAAGUACAUCUCCCAACAUGUAGACAAAAUUUUUUUUAUAUUUUAAGACAAUUCACUGGCAGGAACAUUUUAAUAAAACAAAGUGGGGAUAUUUUCAAGGAAAGAUUAACUAAGGCUUAGCUAUUUUGAGUUAUAUAAGUAUAAGUGUGUUUAAAAUCUGAAAACUUAAGAUUAGAUUUUAGGAAUAAGGUCAUUUUAUUUUUACGGUUCCUUGCUGGGAAUAAAAUGGUCCAAAGUAAUUUCUUAUCUAAAGUCCAGUUAUUGGGAAAUAUAUGUUGCAAAUUCAAUUCUUAUUUAAGUUUAAGUGUAAGGUCCAAUCAUUUGGGAAAGACAUCAUUUAUAGCUACCGGUACUAAUUAUCCAUGUCCAGAAAAUGUAGCUAACUAAAGAUAAUUUUGCCACAAGGAAUUAUUUGUUGAAAUUUUGUACAUACUUAUGCUAAUCAAUUAGUUAAAUCAGGCUAACUUUAAAAUCAAACCAAUUACAUUUCAGAUAUCAAAUUGAAUGGUUAUGCAGUGAGGUAUCUGCAACCAGACAUCCACAAUUCUUGGAGGGUAGAAAAUAAUUUAUCAAUUAAAAAAGACAUUUUUACGCGAGGACAUUUAAAAUAAAAUAAAUUUAAUAAAUCUUUCUGCAAGCACACGGUCAUGUUUACAGAAUGAUAUAUCUCUUUUUUAAAGUGCACAAAGUGUAUUUAAUUUAUGCAAAUGACAUCUUGUUCUAUGUUUCAGUACACUCUACGACCUGAGCCUAAGUUGGACCAGUAUGGACAGCAGCCGCUCCCUGCAAAUAUUUAGUGAGUAAAUCUUCAUGCUAUCAAAAAAUUCAUUUCACAGCUAGAAUAUAUUUGUGUAGUUAUCUAUGUUCAGCAGACCCAAUUUUCAGAGAGUUGAAAUGUGAUCAAGCUGAGACUUAUUAGAAGACACUUUCAUGGCAGUCUAGCAGGGUUAAGAUUCUAGUUUAAAAUUGAACAACACCAUUGACCAACGCUGCUGAUCUUUAUCAUAAACAUUGCAAACCUCUACAUAUUGAUAAAAAAUUGUAAUGUUUGGCAUUUCCGCUUUAUUCUAGUGUAUGACAUUUUCGUCUCUAUUUAUAUCGGGGUAAAGCUAUUUCUCAAGCGCAGCCCAAACUAAGAACAGCAAAUUUGUAAACUGCUCCAUAAAGCCAAUACAGUAAGACCUCACUACUUAGCAUUUCACGUCCAUACUCCUUUGUGGGGUUUCUCCUAGAAUACAUAUUGCGGAUUUUCCAUUGCUUUGCAGGAUUUUUUGUGUUUUAUAUAGGCCUACCGGUAUUUAUUAUUUUAAUUAUUUAUUAUUUAUGUAGUAAAAUAAGCAUUUUCUAGCCUAAAAAAUGAAAUAAAUAUAACUUAAAUUAAAACUUAUAAAAGAAUAUUAAAUACAAAUGUUAUACGUAUUAUAAAGCACAUCACAAUAUUGUAAUAACAAUUAGAAUGUUAAAAUAUUGUAACAAUUAUAUUGUAGUAACAGUUAGAAAAUCUUAUUAACAAUUAGAAUGUCAUAAUGUUAUAGUAACAAUUAGAAUGUUAGAAUAUUGUAAAAAUUAGAAUGUUGUCUUUCCAGUGCCAGGUACCGUGACACAUACCCACAGCAGCAUCGAAAUGUGGCCUCUGAAAUGUGGAGAUGAAAUGUUGCUUCUGAAAUUUUAAUGUUGACAUGAAAUAUGGCCUUAAAAUUUGACACUCUGAAUGUGGAGAUGACAUGUGGCAUAGUAAAUUUUGUGAUGAGAAAUAAUUUAACAGAUGGAGGAAAAAACUUCCAUGACUGGUCAGAAAUAUACAAUUUAGUUGAUCUGUCAAUUAAUGUCUUUAAGCCUUUCAAUAUUUAUUACUAUUUAUAAUGUCUUACAAUCUUUCAACACUUUUUAUUAAACAUCGUUUAGUUUUUUUUAUUAUUAUUAAUUUUUUUUUUAUUUGUUUGGUUAUAAAAAAAAUGUGCCUUGAAAGAAAUGACCACUGUGCUUUGCAGGUCAUUAUCUUUCUUAAUGUAGAAAAAAUAUUAUAACUAUAACUAUCUGUGCUUUUAUUUGAAUAUUUUCAGUUUUUUUUUUUUCACUACAGAUUAUUUAUUUAAUUUGUGUCCUAAAAGUUAAUAAAUAAAUUCAGGUCCAAAUCUGAAAACAAUAAAAUAAAAUCAUUUAAAAUGAAAA